AUGCCGACAUCUCUUUUGGAUAGAAGUCAUCUGUGUAAUUCACAAACCCUAAUCUCCUUCGCUUUCUAUUCCAGAUCUGGUGUCGCCGCCGUCCGUAACUGUUCAUUUCCGCCGUCUGUUCAUUUCCGCCGUUGGUCGUGGAAAGAUGUCAGAACAGCCAAUGGAAAACCCAGAGUUCCCCCGCGUCUCUUCUCGAAAGGCGAUGAGCCGUCUCCGCUGAAAAGCAUCGGUUACUAUAGCGGUGAGACGAAGCUGAUGACUGCACUCGAGGAAGCACUCACACAAGAUGAGUGGGAAGAGAUAUUGAACUCUAGACUGGGAGUGUUCUUGAAGUUCAGUCAGCUGGAUUUCGGCUGGGCAUCUAAACUGGUGCAUUACAUUCUCGGCAUGCAGCUAGUUUGCAAGAAAAAAUUUGAGAUUUGGAGCCUCGUAGGUCUAAUCCCGAUCCGCUUUUCUUUGAAUGAGUUUGAACAUAUUACUGGCUUGAAUUGCGAGUACGUGGACAACCUCGAGGAUCCGGUGGUUGAGAUAACUGAUGAGAUGCAAGAUUUUUGGGAGCGAUUGGGAGUCAAUCAGGAGUUAGGCCCGAGCACUGAAGAUUUGAUAGAAGCUUCUACUCGGGCUAGGUUGGCAAGGCUUGUGAUGGGUUUAGAUGCGUUUGAAAACUACCCUUGGGGAAGAGUGGCCUUCAAAAACCUGAUGCGGUCGGUGAAGGAGAAAGAAAUUUGGAGGUCGUCGUACACCAUUGAGGGGUUUGUUCAAGUACUACAAGUCUGGGUGUACUUUGCUCUUCCCGACUUUGCUGCUAAAUUUGGUGAACCACUUCCAAACGACCCCAAUGUACCGCUGAUAGCUUACAAGGGAUCCAGGGGGAGGAAAUUUAUGAAAGAGAAUAUGCUCCGACAGACACGCAUUAACAACUACGUUGUUAAGGAAUUCUUCGACACGUUUCCGCGCUGGGAAGUUGAGGACAACGAUGAAGAAGACGAGAGGACUGACAACAUCAUCAAAGCGAUGUAUGGUCAUUUUGGCCCUAAACAAUGGACAUGGGAAAGGAGUCAUUGGCCUCCAACAGGUGUGACCAAGUAUGUCAAGUCCGAAGUGUCUGUCGAUCUGAAGAGGCGAUCAGAAUCAGUUGGUGAUCAAGGUAGUCGGAAGCGGUUCUGCCCAGCCUCUAGUGAGGAAGAUGAGUCAAUGGUCACGAUUCUGAAGGACCACAUGGACUACUACUUCAACAAGAUGAUGGAUGGGUUGAGUAGUUGUGAAUCUCAGAUCAAACUACUCAACACAAAGUUGGGAUCGGUGGAGCAGAAAUUAGAGGCAGUGAUCCUCCAAGCUGGAACCGGAGGUACAAAGGAGGAUGUGGCUGGGACUGGUGAAGCAGCCGCCGAGGGCGCAAAACCUGCUGGCGAUGAUCAAACGGCCGCGGACGCCGAUCCUAAUAUCAGGAGUAAUUUUAUGUCUAAGCAAAACGAACAAACUGAUAUCCCAAGUGAGAGCGUGAACGAUGGUAAGCAGGGAACUCCAGAGCCAAGCGUCGUUAUGGUUGAUCCAGCAAAAUGCGACAUCGACUUCGAUCAGGUCCAGAAAGAUAAACACGAGAAAGGCAAGAAGGCGGCACAACUGGUUGCUCGUGCGAAGAGUGAACGUCUGCGAAAGUUGGCUCCUACACAACAAAGCCCUUUCAAACCCAACAGCACAGCGAAGGAAAUAAUCCCAAACAAAAAUGUCCGAGGGUGCGGAUAUGAUCCGUUUGAUAUGAAACACGUGAAGCAAAAGAUCGGUGUGCUAACUGAUUGUCUGAAAAAAGAUCCGAACUAUCCGAAGCGGGUAAAAUGGUCAUCCGUGGACUGGUACUUCAUCCUAAGAGUCCCAAAACAAUGGCUAGCAAACACUCGCAUGGAAGCUGGGAUUAACCUACUCAGGCUGCGAUUUACAAAGCAUCCUGAGUGGUUUAGGUCGGACAGGAUAACAUUCCUCGACUCUUACUUCGCAACGAUGUGGAGGCACAAGUACAAGGAGUUCGUGGACUCUCACGCCAACCCUGAUGGUUCAGGCAAGCUCCUUCCAGCUGGCUCGUUCGAGUACUACACUGGCGCAGCGCCAACCUACUGCGUGGCAAUGUGGAUUUCGAUUCCAAUGAAGCAUAUUGUCAUUUGGGAUAGCCAUGCGAAUACUCAUGCAUCAGAUAUUCAGAUUGAGGCUGCUGUGACUCCGAUUACUGUUUUGGUUCCCUACAUACUCCGUGAAUGUGCACCUGCUGAAGACCGUAUCAAUCUGACUUAUGAUCCAUUCACGUGGGAGCAAAUCAAGGGGCAUUUGAUCCCACAAAACAAACAAAGCGUGACGGUGGCGUUUACUGCUUGGAGUACCUUGAAUGCCAUGCUCUAG